GCAGUACAUCCCGCCAUGCUCAAGUGUAUGCGUUUCUCUUGGUUCCCUUGUUUUUAAGUUGUUCUAGAUUAAGUAAUAUACCUCUGUAAAUGGGUGAUCGAUACAAUAUUCAUACCCAGUUAGAACAUUUGCAGUCGAAAUACGUUGGUACAGGUCAUGCUGAUACCACUAAGUGGGAAUGGCUAACAAACCAGCAUAGAGAUAGUUGUGCAUCUUAUCUGGGUCACUUUGACACACUGAACUUGUUUGCUAUAUGCGAAAACGAGUGCAAGGCAAGAGUUCGAUUUAACCUUCUCGAGAAAAUGCUUCAGCCAUGUGGCCCUCCUCCAGAACGUCCUGAAGCAUAGUUUAAUUUUUAAUACAAAUACUCCACAGUGUAUCGCAUCAAACUACAACCUCUAGCACUUGGUUUUGCUUGGUAGACUUAAAUAUGUGAAUAAACAAGAUCAGAGUUCUUUUUGCCUAGUGUUUUGUUACUCAUCUAAAUAUCACGGUUCCAACCCUCUUAUUAGAGGUUAAUCUGCCGAAAAUUUACUCAGUAGAAGCGUCACUCCCCACGUAUUUUCGUAUGUGUGGUACCACUAUCACUUUUAAUCAUCUCUCACCUACAUCCCAAUAAUUUUAUUAUUAAUACAUAAACUCAACUUCGUUAUUAGUUUGUGGUAUUAUUUGGAGCUUGAAAGAUAGAUUUAGCCAACAAUUUUACAUAGAUCAGUAAUGUAGCUGAACUGCUAAAAUAACUGUUGAAUAACUGUUCAGUCAGUUGUUUUGGAAAGAAUCGUUCGAAUCAAAUUAUCUCAUUAAAUUGCUGCGUUCUAUAUUCUUUUUUUCACGGCAAUAGUAUCUGUUUAUGGGAUUACUCGUACUUGUCAUUGUAAUUUGUAAAUAUUUAGAAUCACAAUUCUAGCGUUUUUUUCGGUGAUAUUCCAAUUUGUUUUUGUAACAUGUGGCUUAUGUGUCUUACUGUUAGCCACGGAAAAUCCAUUUCAAUAGUGAAGGACACCUCACACAAAACGUGUAUUAGACAGAUUUUUGAUUAAAUAAAAUGAAUUCAUC